UGCAGUGAGAUGUAUUCUGCGCUUUCAGCCUGCACGCGCAGCUGGUGCGAGCGCAGCCUGAGUGGUACUGAUGCGGAGCGGGUUAGAACCUUUGCCGCAGUGCUCGGGGCACCGUAGUCUGUACCAUCUUCGAUCGCUCGCUGACAUUUUAAAUGCAGUCCUGGAAGCCAACCUCUCGCGCUCUCCUUGGCGGUGUGUAGAUGGAGCAGCGGUCCCAGCUGAAGCGUGAAUAAACACUACACGCUUUGCAGGCAGCGCUCCCCUGAAUCUAAACCCCUUUAAAAUCGUAUGUAUUCCAGCAAAACAACUGAUGCGCACUCCGCAAGCUCUGCCUCACCCUUGCGAAUACACACGGCAGAAAGAAGUGCCCACUAAAGCAGGAUGGCGUAACUGAAAGAGACUCACAGCCAACAAGAGGAGCAAGAGAGGCGGAAAAGAUGGGAUACAAGAUCCCGGGCGCAGCCAUGGACCGCGUCAGCCUGCUAUGGCGACUGCGUCGUCGGGCUCGGCGAGGGGUGCUGUGCAUGGGCCUGUUCUGCAUCGCUAUGGGGCUCCUCUACGCCCUCUGCGCCGAAAACAGCGUCCCCGUCACCGAUGCCAUCUUCGGGGUGCGAGCCCGCACCCGUGCCCAGCCCCGUGCCCACUCUGUCGUGAAGGUGGUACGAGCCGGAGGAGGAGGGGCGAAGCCCAUAUUCGUCAACCCCCAGAACCACCCCGGGAUCGUCCCAGGUGACCCCCACCGCCCCAUCCCCGUACUCUCUGCCUCUAACUCCACCCUGCACAACAGUGCCGGGGACCCCAAGAUCAGGAGGAAGGAGUCGGGCGGACCGGGGUACCUCUCCUGGCUGAUGCCCCGUCCCCUCAGAUGGUUUGUGGAGGGGAUCUUUGGGGGCAGGAGAGCAGGGGCAGGGGGAGCGGACUCUGAGUUUUUUGGACCCCAUGGGUUGCUGGGGGAGGUGUGGGAUGAGGAGAUGUCUAGCACCAUGCUGGGGAAGAGGAUGAAGAAAGUGGUUCAGAACUACCAGGCUAUGAACAAAUACGGGGUGCCACCCCAGAGCAGGGGGGGCCCUAAGCGCAGCGGCCCUGAGCUGUUGUGUCAGCUGAAGGAGAAAGUGGAGGUCACCACACUCACGCCAGAAUUAAAGCCCUUCUCCAGUCUCCCCUGGCUCUCCCUCCUGCCCCCUCGACCUCUGACCUCUGACCUGGGGCCCUUCAAGACCUGUGCAGUGGUAUCAUCAGCAGGGUCUCUGAAACACUCCGGAUUGGGGAAGGAGAUUGACACCCAUGAUGCAGUGCUGCGAUUCAACUCUGCUCCCACGUCAGGCUACGAGAAGGAUGUGGGCACCAAGACUACCCUGCGUCUGAUUAACUCACAGGUGAUGGCAUCAGAUGACCACCGUUUUCUGUCGAGCUCUCUGUACAGUGCUGGAAUCUUGGUGGCUUGGGACCCCGCCCCCUACUCCUCAGACUUGGCAGAGUGGUACAACAGGACAGACUACCCCAUAUUCCAGCAGUACCAGAAGUACCGGCGCCUGCACCCCCAGCAGCCCUUCUACAUUCUGCACCCACGCAUGGAGUGGCAGCUGUGGGAUCGAAUCCAGGAAAACAUGGCCGAAUCCAUCCAGAGGAACCCACCCUCCUCUGGUUUGCUGGGAACGGUGCUGAUGAUGUCGCUGUGUGAGGUGGUGCACGUGUACGAGUUCCUGCCGUCUCGCCGCAAGACAGAGCUGUGCCACUACUACCAGCGCUUCUACGAUGCCGCGUGUACGCUGGGCGCCUACCAUCCGCUGCUCUACGAGAAGAACCUGGUGAAGAGGAUGAACCUGGGGCCUGACCGCGACAUCUACAUCCACGGCCGAGUAACCCUGCCCGGAUUCAACACCUUCAACUGCACCCCCAGCACCACGCACUGAAGCACUGGCUGACUCCUGCAGAGUGACUGACUGAACCACACUUACUGUCUGAAUCUCACAAACUGACAGACUCACACAGAGUGACUGCCUGAACCACACUGACUGUCUGAAUCUCACUAACUGACAGACUCACACAGAGUGACUGACUGAAUCAUACUGAGCGAGUGACACAGACUGACUGUAGACUUCCAGCAUGAUCCGACACGCUGACUGACUGAACCACACUCACUGGCACACACGCCGGCGGCGUAGCAAAAUGGACACACUCAGACUCUGACAUGCAGUUGGACAGGUUUGGCUGUUGAUGUCGAGCAGAAGAUGGGCAUUCCCCUUGCAGGCACACUCACCUACUAUAAGGAAUAGGAAAGCCCAUACACAACAGCUGCCACUCACAGUAAACCCAGCUAACAGACACACACACACACACACACACAGGCGUGCAUGUACAUGCAGACAGACACAGUCGGGAGUGUGCCCCAGCAUUGACUAUGACUCAGUCACUAUAACUUUAUGACUUACCAACUACUCUAACAAACCCACUGCCUGGCACACUGACACUAUAGUCCAAAAACCAGACAGCCUCCCUUUCAGACACAGACUUGUACACACACACACACACACACACACACACACACACACACACACUCCACUGACAGACACACACGCCACCUGAGAGACAUGCACACUUGUUGUUUGAUGCUGCCAUGUCUCAUGUUACACUGGUCUGCACUCAGUACUACAGUGCAGUGGGGCUGUCAUGCACUCAGCCGGCAGUGCCAUAUUGUUGCCAUUGUUACCCAGUCCUCUUGUAUAUACAUACAGCCUACACUGUGAGAAAUAGCUGGCUUUACCCUUCUCUCAUGCUGUACAGGGGCCCCGGUUGUGGUGACUCUCUAUGUGGAAUGUGUUUGCAUGCCUACUGUAGCUAAGCUGCACAGCACACGUGAAGUACGACCCGUGGCUUUCACAGAGGCUGAUUUGGCGACCAUAAAUGGCCUAAAUCAGCUGCAUUGUGCAAAGUGAUGCAAACAAGCACAUCACAGAGUAAUGUCCAUUUGUGUUUAUGUCACAUAUGCUUUUUUGGUUUAUUUUAAUCAGUCCUCCUGCCAUACAACUGAUUCUGGGCUGGGGCUGCUGUCUCACCCAAAUCAAUGGGGGCAGGGACCGGAUUUUAGGAGGACUGUUCGGUCAGGCAGUGAUGGACGGUGCACUGUCUGCAUCAGAGUGUCAGUCGUGUUCUUUGAAUACUGGAUAGACAAAAAUCAUACUGGAUAGACAAAAAAAGAACGAAACGUAAAUAAACCAGGGACCCCUGCCCAAUGGUGAGACCUAUGGACAACAGGCAAUUUGAAGCAGCGUCAGAUGGAAUGGAUUAACAAUUGUGGACAGAGCUGGAACACUGCAUUGCGCAGUUCCUCUACCACGCUUCCCUGAGCUUUCCUCCGUAAAAUAUCAACUCCCAUCCUGCUCACACACACACACACACACACACACACAGA